GCUGGAUCUUCAGCUAGGAUGAUUUCCACUUUCCAAGAAUCGUUGCAGUAGGAAGCAGCACCUUUUUAAAGGCCGGGGACAACCGACACCACAGUUUUUGUGGGGAAGGUGUUUAUGACAACAGUGGGAGACAGGGAGCAACACUGGAUUCCAAUUGUAUAUGUGGAAAUUUUAUAGGGAAGGGUGUGAAUCUGUGAUAACCAUUUGCACCCAGAAGCUGUCAGACACAGUGCCUCAUCCCCAGACGACCUCCAAACCGGUGCUGCACUGUGGAUCGAGUGGGAAACAUGUUGCUAACGCGGUCCCCUCAGGAGACACCCAGCCUGAUCUAACCUGAGGCAGUCUCACGGCAAGUGGGCUUUCCAGAUAAGACCACACAAAGCCCAGCAACGUCGGAGAAACACGAGGGCAAGUGGCACCAUGGCAGAGCAUCUGGGGCAGGUCUGUAUUGGCUGUGCACAGGUGAAGGGUGUGCACAGGUGUCCUCCUGUGUAAGGAUAAGAACUGUGGCGACAGAACCCGUAACACUCCUCAGCCUCAGCCCGAGGAAAGUCCAAAUUUGUGAAGAAACUGGACUGCUUGCUCUGGCAGCCCUGUAGCUCCUUCACACGUUUCCACACCCCACUCAGAGCUGGGGCAGGCGGCAGCAGAGCCGUCCUCUCAGCAGCCCUUCCCAGCACGGCCUCGGUGUGCUCCAGCCCCCGUGCCCCACCCAGGACGGCCGGGAGCCCCCGCACCGCCAUCCCCUCCGUGCUCCCCACACAUCGGAGCCUCCCCACACAGCGGAUCCCCAGCCGCCAUCCCCCCGUGCUCCUUCACGGCGGGGCGGCCCCUGACGGCGGGGCGGUGGCGGGCGGUGCGAGGGAGCGCGGCUCUCCCCGCCCCGGGGCCCCGCUGUCCUUCUCGGCGGGGACGGGCAUGGAGCUGGCGGCAGGGUAUAAAAAGCCGCCGUCAGGCCCGGCCACUGUCUUGCCAGAGCCGCCGGGAGGGGCUGGGGCGAGGCAGCGGCACCAUGAUCAACCCCAACUACUACCCCUGGGGCUACGACAGCGACAACGGACCAGAGCAGUGGCACAAAAAUUACCCUAUUGCCAAAGGGCGCCAUCAGUCACCUAUUGAAAUCAAUAACAAAGAAGUGCAUUAUGAUCGCUCCCUCCUGCCGUGGUUCGCUAGUUAUGACCCUGGUGCAGCGAAGACCAUCCUCAAUAAUGGGAAAACCUGCAGAAUUGUAUUUGAUGAUUCUUUCGAUAGAUCAGUGUUGAGAGGUGGUCCACUUCCAGGAGUCUACAGGCUGCGUCAACUUCACUUUCAUUGGGGUUCAUCUGAUGACCAUGGCUCUGAGCAUGUUGUGAAUGGAGUGAGAUAUGCAGGAGAGCUACAUUUGUUACACUGGAAUCCAAAAUACAGUAAUUACCUUGAUGCUGUGAGAAGAACAGAUGGUAUAGCUGUUUUGGCCAUUUUUUUGCAAGUAGGGAAAACUCCUAAACCAGAGAUGAAGAGAAUUCUUGAAGAAAUAAAUGCCAUCAAAACAAAGGGGAAAGAAGCUCCUUUUCCAAACUUCGAUCCUUCAAUUCUUUUCCCUAAAUCUCGUGACUACUGGACAUACCAUGGUUCUUUCACUACUCCACCUUGUGAAGAGUGCAUCACUUGGAUUAUUCUUAGAGAGCCUAUCAUAGUCAGCUCAGACCAGAUGGCAAAGCUCCGUAGCUUAUCCAAGAAUGCUGAGAACGAACCUGAUCUCCCCCUGGUCGAUAACUGGCGCCCAACUCAGCCUCGGUAUUUCAGGAUGGUGAGCGCAUCAUUCCUUUAGGACCUGGCUCAGGUUGUUUUUUCCUGAGUGAGGUGACCUCUAUAACUAGAAGAUGGUCUUGUUUUGGGUUAUUUGUUACAUUUAGACGGAACUCCAGCUGUAUGUUUGGAGGCUGAAACAUUGAGUUGUAAAAAGGGAAUUUCACUUUCAGAGGGCAAAAUUUACACAGGAAAAUCCUAUCAUUAAACUGGAAAUAGAAAAUCUGUUUGGCUCUUACUGCUUUACUGCUUUAAAAUUAGCUUUUGGUAUUAGUAUGCAGGACAAAAGAAGAUGCUACUAACAACUAUAAAAGCAUUUCCUAUUGCCCACAUGUCCCUUGGUGCUUGUCUUGCUACAAACUAAAGAUAUUGCAGUUGUUUUCAGCAUAAAACCAUAUUUUUCAGUAAUUGUUUUCAGAUUAAGCAUAUUCUGCUCUGAGCUGCACCAGUUUUGCACAUUAAUAAAUGAGAUCGCUCUUUUGGUAUUUGAUAUUCACAUAACAUAUGAAAGGAUAGAAAAUUGUUUCAUUACCAUUGAUAGCAAAAUCAGCAUUUAACUUCUUAAAGGACAGGUGUAACAGGAUAGGUAGAAAUCUAUUCCGAAAGUAGUAUUCACUGAAUUAUACUUAGUUAAAACCAUGGAAUUGGGGAAGAGUUGUUUGUAUUUAUGUCACAACUGGUUGUCUGUAUUAAAAGAUUAAUUUGCAUUUUAAUGUUGUGGCAAUCAGUGACAUGGAUUUUGAGGACUUUAUCUUAGUAUCCUGAAUAUAUAUGUUUUUUCAUGUAUGCAAUUAGCUUUUAUGUGUUAAAAGGAUAUUAAGAUAGCAAGAGUUAUUAUUGUUUUUAGUAUUUUUUUUAGGCAAGUUCUUUGUUCAUGUGCAAAUAUAAUUGAUUCUGCUAUCAAUGAGAUUUGUGCAUAAAUAUCUGAAACCACCGUUUGAGUCUUCUAAUCAAAAAGCAGUUGACCAGGGUGUUCUUGUCUUUUGUUUUGGAAUCAAGAACAAUGAAGCAGGAUUGUAAGCCUAUACUUGAAAUAAAAGUAUCUCUGCAUUAAGA